UUCUGCCAUGAAUGAAAUUGCAAGCAGUUCUUCUAUUGGUUUUUUCCUAUUGUUUGAACCAAUCAAAGGAAAGCUUUAGAACAACUUCAAGAUUUUAAUGAACAUGAGUGGUUCGUUCUGAUUUUUCUACAGACAGCAGCAGACAAACCGUUUGACAGUUUAGUUUACGACGAAACGACAAGAUAUUCCGUCCGUAUUUCGGUCAAGAAUUUUAUUUCUAUUUGCGUUGAAAAUACUUUCUCUGGGAUACCGUUAGAUUAAUUUACAAAAUAUAUGCGCUAAACUCAUGAUAUGGCUGAUAAUAAUGUCUAUAUCUAACCCUUUCGACGUGUGUUGAUGUGUCCAUUCAAGUGUCUUUCGAAGUGCGGCUGAUUGUGUGAUGUUGAUAACGUAAUUUUUGUUACAAAAAUGCACGAACUAUUAAAACACGUUUUAAAUGAAAGAGACCUGACUCGGGCGGGCGAUAUUUUCGCCAUCCCGGACUCUGAAAUAGUCGAUGACCUGAAUGAAGUGUUGAAGCAAAUAACUGAAAUUUCAUCGCGACCAGACUAUUGCCGCAAUGACCGUGACCAAGCUCUCAUAGAAAUCUGUGUGACCAGAGUGACGUCUUGUAUCAAAGAGACUGGGACGUUGGACAAGUACUGUGGAGCGCUGGUGUCACUGCUGGAGUCAUGCUUGCACCACAAUUUGAUGCCGCUGGGCCAUUUGAGAGAUGAUGACCCUCCACAUGCUAAAAUUGCCUCUGAUAUUAUUGCUUGUAUUGUCUUGGUCUCGUUUCCAGUACAAGCUGAAAAGGAGAACUAUGGCAGCAAGAAUAUCAUGGAGUUAUUCCUGCCGGUGGCGGUUCAGUUUCUGCACAAGGGCAACCGCGAGAUAUCGCGGCACAUGGCGCGCUAUUUGUCACUGGCGGCAAAUCACCACGCGGGGCUGCUCAAGCCGCACGUGCAGACCAUUAUGGACUCUAUCAUGUCUGGUGAGUAG